UCCUUUGUAUUUAUAAAGCAUUUUAAACAUAAUUCAGUAUCACUGAAUUAAAAUGGCAUAAAAUACUGUCAAAUAUUUGUUUAGCUUUCAUUUUACUGUUGGCACAGUUCCCAUUAACUAAAGUUUGAUGUCGCUUAUCGGUGUUACAAUCAGUUACUUAGUAUAUUUUGGUGUUCUUCAAUUCGAUUUGACCUCCACUUUAAAUUAAUUUAAACUUGCUAGCCACUAGCACAUGUUUCAAGUAUAAACUCUGCAAUUUGUUUUUCUAAUCUUAUUUGUUUUACAGGAUGCUGAAAAUAGGGGUUCAUCCGAAUACUAUCGGAGUAAUCACACCUUAUGAGGGACAACGUGCAUACUUAGCACAUUAUCUUCAUUAUUCUGGUUCCUUAAAUGCCAAAUUGUACCAAGAAAUCGAAAUCGCUAGCGUGGAUGCCUUCCAGGGGCGAGAAAAGGAUUAUAUCAUCUUGUCCUGUGUCCGAGCAAAUGAAAAUCAAGGUAUUGGUUUUCUCAAUGAUCCACGCCGUUUGAAUGUUGCUCUCACUCGUGCUCGUUACGGAUUAAUAGUAGUUGGAAAUCCAAAGGCUUUGUGCAAGCAACCACUUUGGAACCAGCUGCUACACUUUUAUCGUGAUCAGCAUUUACUCGUGGAGGGACCCUUAAACAAUCUAGGUGAAUACAUGUUACAGUUUCCUAGACCCAAAGUUCCGUACACUUUCAAACCUGGUGGGCAUUAUCUAGCACAGCUAUCCGCGAAUCCCGCAUUAUUAAAUAGCAGUCAGUUAAAUGGGCAAUUGAAUACACACCCCGGAAAUCAAUUUAAUUAUCUUUCUCACGUUUCAAAUCCGUCUCAACCAUGUUUUGAUAAUCCUAAUGGACCAACAGCCUUAGUAGCAGCUAUGGCGGCAGCGGCUGCUGCGGCUUACUUUGGAGGAUCUGGUUCAAAUACGCGCCCGAAUGUCUCAACCUUAGGAUUACAUGGGUCGUCAGCACUCAACCAACCUGGAGCAAGCCAUGCUGCAGCUUAUGCUGUUGCGGCUGCUGCAGCUGCCCAACAUCAAUCAAGUCAACCGUAUUCUAGUCAAACAAAUGGUAGUUCUCAUAGUAUGCAUCAACUAUUAAACCAGUCAUUAUUCGACCAGGUUGGGUAUAUAGGACCAAAUCGACAAUAUGCAGAAGCCAACGCUAGUUCAAAUCUUCCUAUGCCACUCAGCAUGUUGAUGCCUGCUGGUCGAAUAUCGAAUCCUACCAACGCAGCAAAUCCGUUUGCCUCUUCUGGUCAUUUUGGCAAUGGAAAAUAUGGCACCAACCUUGGGGCAGCUGCGCCACUUGGUAGAUCAAUGCAAGCUUUGGGUCCACUAAACGUGCAUCCCAACUACUCACAACUAAAUACGGGAAGUACAAGAGCACCCGGCGGUCCUCUUCCUGGAAAUAAUGUGGUUGGUUCUGCAGCUCCUCGGUAUCUUGGAAAUGCACGUCGAAAUGUACAAGCUAGUUCACAAAAUGCUUCGGUUGGCGCUUCGAAGUCACGUCAAAUUGAUGGGCCCAGUAGUCUGGCCAACAUUUCUGUGGAACGCGGUAAUACUAAUACUUCCAACUCAGGUGCUGGUCUACUUUCUCAGCCUGGUUUGUCAGAAUUUUCUGGAACUCAAGGCACAUCUGGUCUUAGUAACAUGGGUGUAUUCAGUAGUCAGUCGCGUAAUUCAGGACUUUCCGGUUUAUCUCAGGAGAGCACUUCGUUGGACUUUCGUCUUGGUCAGGGUGCCAGUCAAAUGGACAACUUGCUUCUUUCUCAAGAUUCUACAUUUCAAGGUGCAACUGUACCUGCGAGCAAAGUAAAUUCACAAAGGGGGUCAAAUUUGUUCGCUACCGGAAGCGAAGAUCACACCAACAUAAAUUUCGAUUCUGGUCUGGUUAAUGGUACCGAUUUAGAAAAUAUUGGUGUCUCUCAAAACGCAGUCAGCUGUGCGAGCAGUGGUGCACCGCUCUCGCAGUUUUAG